CCUAUUUUUCCAGGAGAGACCAAGUAAAAGAAGCCCUUUGUUUUGAUUGAAAGCUACUGUGUUUUGUUGCAAUGGAUGCUUUGGGACUUCUCAGAAUCAAGGUCCUAAGAGGCUUCAAUCUUUCUGUUCUUGAUAAGGUCACGGGUGCCAGUGAUCCUUACGUUGUCAUCACCACGGCUGGACAGAAAGUGAAAACCCGCUUUCUGAAGAAAAACUGCAAUCCGGAGUGGAACGAUGAAUUAACUCUCCCAAUCAAAGAUCUUAACGCUCCAAUCAGUUUAACUGUGUACGACAAAGACACGUUCAGUGAUGAUGAUUCCAUGGGAACUGCGGAGAUCGACAUUCAGCCGUACGUAGAAGCAGUGAGGUUGAGGAAGAGUUUGGGAGAACUCCCCAACGGCGUUGCACUCAAGAAACUACAACCAUCGGAGAAAAACGACCUGGCUGAUGAGAGCUGCAUCAUUUUGGAGGAUGGCAGGAUCACUCAAAAGAUGCGUCUCAAACUCAAUAAUGUUGAGAGUGGGGAAGUGUUGAUCCAACUGGAGUGGGUUGAUAUCCCUGGCUCCAAGGGCUUGGACCCUGAUUACUGAACCUAUGCCUUCAACAACUUUAUCUCUCUGCUUUCCAGUUUCUGUAUACGGGAACCCAUCAGUAAGUACGUUGUUCCAUUAUAUUCUGUAAACCUAAAAUCGAGCCGUAAUCUUAUUUCAA